AUGAGUUCAAACCAGUAUAACACAUCGCCGGCAGACCCGGCCCCUGAGUUCUACCCACUUGUCAGGCUCGGUAAUCUCAGCUGCAUUGAUGGAACGCCAAUUGGAUUCGACUUUGCUGGCGUAAACACCAAGGGCUUCAGAGCCGAAGAAGGUGAAUGGACAUCCUACAGGCGCAAUUACUUCUCCUGCACUGCUUCAUACACUUUAAACCCUCAGCCGCCAGGGAUAGCCAUCCAACUUUCAGAUAGUUCGGGAAAAAUGCACCGUGUAUCGGGAUUCGCAAUAGGCCUCUCGGCUGUAAUAUCUGGUGAAAACCAGCCGAUAGAGCUUGUCCAACACACACCCAAAAGGGACAAAGGCCCGACUUCAGCCCCCCAAAAAAUCCGCCUCGAACCCAGGCCUGCACAUCCGCCGGCAGGAAACGCCUGGAUGCACAUGGUCCAGCAUACGUUCGAACGCCUGCAGUUCAAACGCGCGACGCCUAACAACGGCAACCGCCCUGCCCCGCAAAAGUUUUACAGCCUCGAAAUCGAGCUCUGGGCUGACGUUGGCAAUGGUCAAGAAGAGGAAUGGAUCAAGAUUGGCUACAAAAGGUCGGCCAGGUUGGUUGUGCGCGGGCGGUCACCGGGCCAUUACCACGAACGGAUGCGUAUUCUUAACUCGAGAUCUGCAGUUGCUGGAGACCACAAGGACUAUGAAGGUCCCGGUAGUGAUGAGAUGAUCUCGAUGAGGUCUGCUGGAUUUACAAUGGGUGGGAGUGGGAUAUUCUCGCCAAACUACAUGGGAUACGACACACGGGGCGGGACCCACCAUUCGAACAAUCGCCACGAUUUUCAAUCACCUUACAAUUCGGGCUCGUAUUAA